CAAAACUGCCUCCCGCUCCAGCUUCUAACAGAGCAAUGCAUACAACCAGCACUCCCUUGGCAGAAGUAGAUCCCUCCAAAAUUAAGAUCAUCAGGGGGAUCUCAUACUCUGAUGCAUCUUCAAUAUUUGAGGUAGAUCUGGAUGGACAAAAGUACGCAUUGAAACUUUAUCACGACGAGGGCGAGCCGGGAUACUCCAAGAAAGGCCGUGACCUAAAUCGAUUCCGUUGCGAAUACGGUGCAUAUCAGAAGCUCAUAGCUUCUGGUGCCUGUGAUAGCGGAUUUGUUCCAAAAUGCUACGGCUACAUCGAUCGAGUGGAUCCGGCUGCCUUCCAUCCUGCUUUCGAUAACUUCGCCCAAGACAAGAUGAAGCCGAGGGCAAUAUUGCUCGAAUACCUCCCAAAUGCAGAGAGUUUGAACUGCGUUAAGUACUCGGAUACGCUAUUUCCCCAGGCAAUUGAGGGCAUGAAGGAGAUACACAGGGCGGGUGUUUACCACUACGAUGUCUGGCCCAGAAACCUUCUCCUUGUUCGUGGAACGCCUGAUAGGCUGGUCUGGAGUGACUUUGACGUUGCGAUGACCUUCACCGACUUUGGGCCUCAGCAACUAGCCCGCUGUGAGCAUGAAAUUGCGUUGGUACAGGGAAUUGGGGAUGCACUGAGAGAAGACCAGGCGGAGGGACUCCCUCCGAAUACGAAAUUUUAUUGAAUGGUCUAUAGAAUUUUAACGAUUUAAUGUUUGAUGGUGUUUAUGCCAUGGGUUCGGUGGAUUUUCAAGAAAUGGGUGUUUUGUUUCGCUUUAAGAUCAUGGUUCAUGGGAUCCACAUUUCUAUCCUCAAG